CUCGCUCUGCCGCACAUGGCGACCGUCGGCCAGCUGGAGGCGGCGGACGCGGACGGCGACCGGCUCAGCUUCCAGCUGGCCUCGCCCAGUGACGUGUUCGUCGUGGAGCCGCUGACGGGCCGCGUGCUGCUGGCCGGCGCGCCGCAGGCCAAGGCCUACGAGAUCCUGGUGUCGGUCAGCGACGUGCGGGACGGCAAGCGGCGGCGCGCAGCGGCCGCGCCUGCGCGCGUCCACGUCGAGUUCGGCGGCCCGGCGGCGGCGUUCCCGCCGCGGCGGCCGGUCGGCGGCGGCGGCGAGGUGGAUGACCACCACAUCGCCAAGCGUCGCGUGCGCCGCGCCGUGCGCCCCACCAAGCGGCUGGAGUUCCGCGAGCGCGAGGGCAACCAGGAGGGCAAGGCCAUGUUUCUGCUGGAGAAGGAGCUGGAGACGGAGACGUUCAAGAUCCGCGACGAACCUUGGGUGACGGUCGAGCCGAACGGCCAGGUCAGCGUUAAGAAGCCCUGGGACUAUGAGGAGCUGGGCCACGAGAGGAGCAUCGACUUCUGGGUGACGGUCAAGAACGUGCACGGACUGUCGGGCGGACAGGGAGUACUGUCGUACAAAGGAGGCACCUACCAGGACAACCAGCGCAUCAUCAUCCGCGUGGAGGACGACAACGACGAGAACCCGUACUUCAUCAACCGGCCGCUGCCCAUGCAGGCGGUGGUGAAGCUAAACGCGCCGCCCAACACGCCCGUGUUCACGCUGCAGGCGCGCGACCCGGACACCCACCACAACAUCCACUACUUCCUCGUCAAGGACCGGACCGGCGGCCGUUUCCAGGUGGACGAGCGUUCGGGUGUGGUGCGCACGCGCGGCGCCGAGCCCUUCCAGCUGGACAUGGAGUACGUGCUGUACGUGAAGGCCGAGGACCAGAACGGCCGCGACGCGCUCGGCAAGUUCCAGGCAACCGAGGAGGAACGGCUCAGCAUCGUGGGUGGCAAGCGGCAGCCGCAGUUCUACAUGCCCGGCUACGAGGCCAAGAUCUUCGAAAACCACCAGAAGGACACCAAUGUCAUCGCCGUCAAGGCCAAGUCGUUCGCCGACCGCGAGAUUCGCUACACGCUGAAGGCGCAGGGCCUGGGCGCCGGCACGUUCAACAUCGGCCCCACUUCCGGCAUCGUCAAGCUGGCCAAGGAGCUGGACUUCGAGGACGUGCGGCAGCCGCACAUCUACUCGCUGGUGGUGACGGCCACCGAGGACUCGGGCGGCUUCUCCACGAGCGUCGACUGGACCAUCAAGGUCAUGGACGUCAACGACAACGCGCCGAAGUUCGAGCUGCCCGACUACCAGACGCACAACGUGCCGGAGGACAUCCCGGUGGGCUCGGAGCUGCUGCGUGUCAAAGGCACGGACAGCGACAGCGGCACCAACGCCGACCUCUUCUACUCGGUCAGCGACGACCACUUCCGCGUCGACGACCAGGGCGCCAUCUACAACAACCGCGUCCUGGACGCCGACAACAACAACGGCCUGUACCAGUUCCUGGUGACGGCCACCGACCGAGGUGAGCCGGCCAAGACGGGCACGGCCACGGUGCGCGUCUACACCAAGAACAAGAACGACGAGGAGCCGCGCUUCACACAGCAGGUGUACACGCCGAACGUGGACGAGAACGCCGGCCCAAACGCGCUGGUCACCACCGUGGUGGCGUCGGACAAGGACGGCGACCGCGUCAAGUACGGCUUCGCCAACGGCGCCAACACUUACGGCCAGUUCAUGAUCGAGGAGAACACGGGAGUCAUCCGGCUGCGCAACGGCGCUAUCGAGCUCGACCGCGACAAGUACGAGGUGAACGUGACGGCCACGGACGACGGCUCGUGCUGCGAAGGUGGCGGACGCACCAUCCACACCAGCACCGCCGUGGUGGUUGUCUUCAUCACCGACGUCAACGACAACAAGCCCGUGUUCAAGGAGUGCAAGACGUACCGGCCGCGCGUCGAGGAGUCGGCCUCCAACGGACGGUUCGUGCUGGAAGUGAAAGCCACCGACGCCGACAAGGGUAUCAACGGCCAGGUCAAGUACAGAAUCGUGCAGCAGCCCAACCAGAAGGGCACCAAGUUCACCGUCGACGACGACACCGGCAAGAUCUACACCAACAAGGUGUUUGACCGCGAGGGCGACGACGGCAAGUUCGUCUCCGUGACGGUGAAGGCGAUGGACAAGGGCAAGCCAUCGCUGGAGGGCGUCUGCAGCUUCACGGUCGAGAUCCUAGACGUCAACGACAACCCGCCACUGUUCGAUCGACAGAAAUACGUGGAGAACGUCAAGCAGGACACGCAUAUCGGCUUCAACAUCCUACGCGUGUCGGCGUCGGACGAGGACGCCGACAACAACGGCGUCAUCGUGUACAACCUGACGGCGCCCUACAACCCCAGCGACCUCGAGUACUUCUCCAUCCAGCCCGACAGCGGCUGGAUCACCCUGCAGAAACCGCUGGACCGCGAGACGUACCGGCUGACGGCGACGGCCGAGGACCGCGGCUACCCGCCGCUCUCGCGCACCGUCGACGUCCAGAUCGACGUGGUGGACCGGGCCAACAACCCGCCCAAGUGGGACCAGAUCGUCUACGGGCCCAUCUUCAUCCCCGAGGACAAGCCGGUCGGCUCGAGGGUCGCGCUGGUCAAGGCCAGCUCCGGCAUCGCCAACAACCCGACCGUCUUCUACCAGCUGAUCCGCGGCAGCACGGCCCAGACGAACAAGUACGACACGUUCUACCUGCAGGAGCGCUCGAUGAACGGCGAGACGUUCGCUGACAUUCAGGUCAACCAGCCGCUCGACUACGAGACCAUCAAGGAGUACAACCUCACCAUCCGCGUGGAGAACAACGGAGCGCAGCAGCUGGCAUCCGAGGCCACCAUCUACAUCGUGCUGGACGACGUGAACGACGAGAUCCCGCUGUUCACGGAGCGCGAGCAGGAGACUGUGCUGGAGUGCGAGCCGGCCGGCACCAAGGUCACCCAGGUCAACGCCAUCGACAAGGACGGAACGUUCCCCAACAAACAGGUCUACUACGCCAUCAUUGACUCGCCGCGCAACGAGGGCAAGGACUUCUUCGAGAUCAACGAGCACACGGGCGAGGUGUUCACCAAGGUGACGUUCGACCGCGAGGAGAAGCAGGCGUACGCGCUGGAGGUGGCGGCCCGCGACGGCGCGCCCUCCUCGCGCCGCCACUCGGACGGCAAGCCGAACACAGUGACCAAGUUCAUUCGGAUCGGCAUCUCGGACAAGAACGACAACCCGCCGUACUUCGACAAGCGGCUGUACGAGGCCGAGGUGGACGAGAACGAGGACAUCCAGCACAUCGUGCUCACCGUCGUCGCCAAGGACAUAGACGAGUCCUCGCGGAUCCGGUACGAGCUGACGCGGGGCAACGUGGGCGGGGCGUUCGGCGUCAAGAACAGCACCGGCGCCAUCUUCGUGGCCGGCCCGCUCGACUACGAGACCAGGAACCGGUACGAGCUACGGCUGGUGGCGUCCGACAACCUGAACGAGAACUUCACGGACGUGGUGAUCCACGUGCGGGACGUGAACGACAACCCGCCGCAGUUCGACAAGCCCGUGUAUCAGGCGCAGAUCACCGAGGAGGACGACCGCGGCCUGCCCAAGCUCAUCCUGCAGGUGACGGCGAAGGACAAGGACGUGGAGCGGCCUGCUGACAUCGUCUACUUCCUGACGGGCCAGGGCAUUGACCAGCACCACCCGCGCAACUCCAUGUUCACCGUUAACAAGACGUCCGGCGAGAUAUUCGUCACGAAGCCGCUGGACCGGGACAUGCCCAACGGCCGGCCCAAGUGGCGCUUCACCGUGUUCGCCCAGGACGAGGGCGGUGACGGGCUGGUGGGGUACGCCGAGGUCCAGGUCAACCUCAAGGACAUCAACGACAACGCGCCCAUCUUCCCCAAGGGCAUCUACCGCGGCAACGUGACCGAGAACGGCACCAAAGAGAUGAUGGUGAUGACCAUGACGGCCGAGGACUACGACGAUCCGGAGGAGGGCAGCAACGCCAAGCUAGCCUACAGCAUCGAGAAGAACGUGGUGGACGAGUCGUUCGGCAAGCCGAUCUUCGCCAUCGAGCCGGACACGGGCGUGAUUCGGACCAACGUGUGCUGUCUGGACCGCGAGAAGACGCCAGAGUACAGCAUCCAGGUGGUGGCCAUGGACGGAGGCGGCCUCAAGGGCACGGGCACGGCGGUGAUCCACGUGCGUGACAUCAACGACAUGCCGCCGCGGUUCAGCAAGUCGGUCUGGAACACGACCGUCGACGAGACGGACGGCGACGACCUGCCGGACAAGGCCAUCCUCACCGUGACCGUGCUGGACGAGGACGAGACCAACAAGUUCCACUACCGGGUUCUGGAGAAGACCGGCUACGGUGCCGACAAGUUCACCAUGGUCCGCAACAGCGACGACACGGGCUCCCUCAAGAUCGUGCAGCCGCUCGACUACGAGAAUGACAACGACCGCAGGGGCUUUACCUUCGAGAUCCAGGUGAACGACAAGGGCGAGGACCAGGGCGACGCCAACCACGUGGCGCGCGCGACCGUGCACGUCAAACUGCGCGACAUCAAUGACAACCGGCCCAUCUUCGACCGGCCCAACAUUGAGGUGCACGUCAAGGAGGACACCACCGUUGGCACGAGCUUGGAGACGUUCCACGCCACGGACCCCGACCAGGGCGGCCGCAGCAAGGUGUCGUACGCCAUCGACCGCGAGUCGGACCGCAAGCGCCAGUUCACCAUCAACGGCGCCGGCACCGUCUCCAUCCAGCGUGGCCUGGACCGCGAGGAGGUGCCGCGGCACCAUGUCAAGAUCCUGGCCAUCGACGACGGCGCGCCGCCCAAAACAGCCACCGCCACACUCACCGUCAUAGUGGACGACGUCAAUGAUAACGCGCCCACCUUCCUGGACGUAACGGACUACCGGCCCGUGCUGAUGGAGAACGUGGCGCCGCGGGAGGUGGCCGAGAUCAUGGCGGCCGACGCCGACGACCGCAGCAGUCGCAACGGGCCGCCGUUUACGUUCAAGAUGGACCCGCGCGCCGACGACAUCAUUCGCUCUGGCUUCCGCGUCGAGCACGACCCCACGGGCAACAACGGCGACGGCAUGGCCGUAGUGCGCUCGCUCAAGUCCUUCGACCGCGAGGAGCGCGAGGAGUACCACGUGCCGAUCGUGAUCAGGGACGCCGGCGCGCCGCCGCUGUCCGGCACCUCGACCCUCACCGUCAUCAUCGGGGACGUCAACGACAACAAGAUGUACCCCGGCAGCAAGGAGGUGUUCGUCUACAACUACAAGGGCAUGAACCCGGACGUGGCCGUCGGCCGGGUGCACGUCACCGACAAGGACGACUGGGACCUGCCCGACAAGACGUUCUUCUGGGCCGGCGAAGAGCACCGCUCGUUCCGGCUGGACGAGGAGACGGGCAUGAUCACCAUGCUGCGCGGCACACUCGAGGGACGCUACUUCCUGCGCUUCCACGUGUUCGACCGCAAGCACACGCAGCGUGACAUUGACGCGAACGUGACGGUGGUGGUGCAGAACCUGCCGGAGGAGGCCGUGCUGAACUCGGGCUCGGUGCGCAUCGCCGGCCUCUCCGACGAGGACUUCAUCCGCAUAUUGGACGAACAGACGGGCACCGUCAAGAAGAGCCGCCUGGAGAUGUUCAGAGAGGUGGUGGCCGGUCUGGUGGGCACGGCGGUGGAGAACGUGGACGUGUUCUCGGUGCAGCUGAAGCGGGAGCGCCCGCCCAUCAUCGACGUCCGCUACUCGGCGCACGGCUCGCCCUACUACAAGGCGGUCAUGCUCGACGGCAUACUGUUCACCAACCGGCAGAAGGUGGAGGAGGAGGUGGGCAUCAACAUCACCAUGAUUGGGAUCGAUGAGUGCCUCUACGAGAACGUCAACUGUGAGGGAAGCUGCACCAACAACCUCGUCAUCUCCAGCGUACCGUACCUGAUCAACGCCAACAAGACGUCGAUGGUCGGCGUGCGCACGGAGGUGGUGCCCGAGUGUACGUGCCAGGCGCGCAACUUCAGCCAGGAGGAGUCAUGCGCCGGCACGGCGUGCCUGAACGGCGGCAAGUGUGUGCAGCAGCGCGAGGGCGGCAUCAAGUGCAUGUGCCGGGCCGGGUACGACGGGCCGCGCUGCCAGCAGACGAGCCGCAGCUUCCGCGGCGACGGCUGGGCCUGGUUGCCGCCGCUCUCGCUGUGCGAGGAAACGCACCUGGCCGUCGAGUUCAGCACGCGACGCAAGGACGGCCUGAUCCUGUACAACGGACCGAUCACGGCGCCGGAGGAUGACCAGCCGGUGGUGUCCGACUUCAUCGCGCUGGAGCUGGAGGAGGGCAACCCGCGCCUGCUGCUCGACUUCGGCUCGGGCACGCUGGAGCUGACCGUGCAGACGCCGGCCGGCCUCGACGACGGCGAGUGGCACCGGCUGGACGUGUUCUGGGACCGCGAACACGUCCGCCUGCUGGUCGACCUGUGCCGCGCCGCCCAGGUGGUCGAGUCCGACGACGGCUCCGAGCCCGUGUUUCAGGACGCCGCGUGCGCCGCCGCCGGCACCAUCCCGCCGUUCAGCGAGUACCUGAAUGUGAACGCGCCGCUGCAGCUGGGCGGCGUGGUGCACGCGCCGUUCGGCCACCGCGCCUACGGCUGGCAGCACCAGCCCGUCGGCAAGCCCUUCGAUGGCUGCGUCAGGAACCUGGUGGUCAACAGCGAGAUGUACGACCUGUCAAACCCGGGUCUGAACCGGCACUCUUACCCGGGCUGUCCGCAAGUGGAGUCGGUGUGCAGCGGCGCCGACCUGACCUCGCGCUGCGGCGAGCACGGGCGCUGCGUCGGCUCCAUGACGCGGCCCAACUGCGAGUGCGACCCCGGCUGGUCAGGUCCCGGCUGCUCCAUCCCCACCAUCCCGGCCACCUUCCUGCCGGAGUCGUACGUCAAGUACGCGCUCAGCUUCUCGCCGGACGAGUUCCGCACGGAGGUGCAGCUGCGCUUCCGCACGCGCGAGCAGCACGGCGAGCUGUUCCGCGUGUCGGACCAGCACAACCGCGAGUGGUGCAUACUGGAGAUCAGCGACGCCAAGCUGCGCUUCAGAUACAACCUGAACAUCCUGCGCACCGAGGAGCACGAGCUCUCGCUGUCGGCCGUCAACGUCAACGACGGCCAGUGGCACGUGGUGCGCGUCAGUCGGCACGGCUCGGCGGCCGUGCUGCGCAUGGACGGCGGCGAGGGACGCAGGUACAACGAGAGCAUCCAGUUCACGGGUCACCAGAAGCUGGCUGUGGACAAGCAGGAGGGCGUGUACGCGGGCGGCAAGGCCGAGUACACGGGCGUGCGCACCUUCGAGGUCUACUCCGACUACAAGAACGGUUGCCUGGACGACAUCCGUCUGGACGGCUGCCAGCUGCCGCUACCGCCUGGUAUGAACGGCACCCAGUGGGGACAGGCCACCAUGAAGCGUAACCUUAAGAUGGACUGCGCCUCCAACGACCCGUGCGCCAACGUCAUCUGCCCCACACCCUUCUCCUGCAUCGACAUGUGGAUGAAAUACGACUGCGCGUGCGGGGACUUCAGCAUGGUCACCAGCGACGGCAAGUCGUGUGUCGACCGCAACGAGUGCCUGCUAGACAGCCCGUGCCUGAACGGCGGCCUGUGCGUGAACCGCGAUCCCGAGUACGGCGGCUACCGGUGCGAGUGCCCGGGCGGCUUUGGCGGCCGCGACUGCGAGCUGCUGGCCGGCGUCACCGGCCGCUUCCACUACCCGGCCGAGUUCGUCGUGCCCAUCGUGGCCUGCAUUCUGCUGCUGCUCGUCCUGGUGCUCGUCUUCGUCGUCUACAACCGGCAAAAGGAGCGGCACUACCCCAAGCAGGACCCGUAUGACGACGUGCGCGAGAACAUCAUCAACUACGACGACGAGGGCGGCGGCGAGGACGACAUGACGGCGUUCGACAUCACGCCGCUGCAGAUCCCGAUCGGCCCGAUGGUCGGCAACGGAAAGCCGCUGGGCAAGGCGCCCCACCCUUACGGCUCCGGCCCACACCCGGACGUGGGCUCGUUUAUCGACGAGCACAAGGACCGGGCCGACACGGAUCCGAACGCGCCGCCCUACGACGACCUGCGUAACUACGCGUACGAGGGCGGCGGCUCGACGGCCGGCUCGCUGUCCUCGCUCGCCUCCGGCACGGACGAGAACGAGCAGGACUUUGAGUAUCUGAAUAAUUGGGGGCCGCGCUUCUCCAAGCUGGCGGACAUGUACGGCCGCGGCGAGUCCGAGGAGGAAGAGGAGGAGCCGUGAGCAGCGCGCGGCCCGCCAUUCCACGGCGCGCGUCCGAUCUCAGCGACCUGCCGGCGCCCGGCCGGCGCGUGCCAUGCCGGCGGCCGGGCCGACCCGGCGCGCCACGGUCCGGCCGCCCGCGCCGCCAGCGCACUGUCUCCCGCUCGCUCUCUCUCUCUCUCUCCCUCUCUCCUCUCUGUCUGUCGCUGUCGAUGUGUGAGAGAGCGCGCGCGCGCGUGUGUGGGACCGAGCGGACGCCGCGGCGAGUGGUACUUACCGUUUUCUACGUUUGAUACGCGGCCGGGCCGGAGAGGGGCGCGCGGCGCGCCCCCUGCUCAUCUGACGGCCGCCGCGAGAGGCAGGCGCGGCGGGACGCGGCUUUUGUUUUGAUGUGUGCACGCGCGGCGCCGGGACGCGCCGCCGGCCGUUUGUUUUUGGUGCCAACCGCGCGCGCGCGCGCAGGCGAGUGGUCAGCUGGAGCCGGCGGCUGGAGAUCAUCGAACUGUUGGAUCUCACCCGGAAGCGGUGGAGCGUGCGCGCGUGCCCCGCCCGCCGCCAUACUCAUUGGAAUCUCGCCGCCCGCCCACACAUCUGAAUCUCACGAAAUCAAAGUGUUGCAGCCUCUAGUCACGGUCUGUCUCUACCCGCCAGCGAUGUACUCACCGGGACGCAUGGCAGGACGAGCGGCCCCAAGUGGCCGCGCUCCGUCGAAAGCAAUAGUGGUGUGUUUCACUCGUCCUUUUCUUUUCUGUGCUGGACAAUCACGUUUAGUGGCUUUAUGAUUUGCGCGUCCGCCUGGUUUCGUGAUUUUCUUGGACGUGUUGACUCAUUUGUGAGAUUCGUUAGCGGUUUUCCGCGGGUGACGCGGCGUGAGCCACGUGUGGACCAUCUUCAUUUGGACGUACAAUUUGAGAGGUUAUGUUUUGUUCGUGCCUGUGCUUUCGGUGCUUGCGUUUUAUACAAUUUAUACGUGAUUUGUAAGAGAGUAGUGAUGCGUGACGUCUCUGUAUGAACAUUCUCUAGGAUAUGUUGUAUGAAGUAGCAAAAGUAAAAUUAUGUCUCAAU